AACGUUGAGGCAGUUCUUAAAAGACUGUAAGGCCAAUUUGGAAUAUCUGAGAUGGCAGAGUUACGAAAAUUCUAGGUCGUUUGUGGAAGUCAUUGAGGAGUACGGCAAGGAAAAGCAACAAGAAAUUAAAUAUGGAAAUUGGAAGUGGGAACAAGUAAGCGGUCAGGUCGGUUCGGUGACGUUGGAUGUGGAAUUCCGCAAGAAGAAUGUUUCGUAUUAUAG